AUGGAAGAAAUAGAUGUCCAUUUACCUGUUGUGCCACAAGAACAGGAUAUUUCUGAGAUCACCGGGGCAGAUACAGAAACAAUUGUCCCACAAGAGAAACUGACCCUGGAGAAUGAGGUUGGGACUUCAACUCCACUGAGGCUACAAUCAGGGAACCUACACUUAUUAUUUGAUGCAGGAAAAGCCGGGAAUUUUCAAUUCUUGGCUGAACUAAUCUCUUCAUAUCCUGAUUUAAUAUGGGAAACAGAUGAAGAAAAACAAAGCAUGUUUCAUAUAGCAGUACUGCAUCGACAUGCAAGUUUAUUCAAUCUGAUAUAUGAAUUAGGAUCAAUGAAGGAUGUGAUAACAGCAUAUAAAGAUCAUAUGGGUAACAACAUGUUGCACCUAGUGGCAAAAUUACCAGAUCAGAAUCGACUGAAUAUGGUUUCUGGUGCCGCUCUGCAAAUGCAACGAGAGUUAGUGUGGUUCAAGGUACAUACCACUUUAUCAAAAAUCGAUCUCCAUGUUUUUACUAUUCCCCUCGAAAUAUUUUCUAGAGAAGUGCAUUUAAGGUUUUUGCUAUAUCGGAUGCUGAUGAUCGGCCUCUCUACGCUUUUCAUCUCUAUGAUAAGCAUGAUGGUAGCCUUUAGCACAACCUUCUGCUCAGCUUGUCAGCAUGGACUUGAUUUGGCCCCUGCAGUUAUUUUUGCAUUUGCAUCUGUACCUCCAUUUUUAUUUGCUUUUCUGCAACAUCCCCUCUUAUCUGAUGUAUUAUACUCAACCUAUCGUUUGAGACUUUUGUUUCAACCAGGUGAUUCUAUGAUUUAUUAGGCGACGCAAAUUUGUACCAAACUUAAAAUGUUGAUCGACAUUGUCUGCCAUGAACUAUAUAGCAUAUUUUUCACUAUUUAAUACCACAAAAUAAGACUGGAGAAAAAUGAUAAUGAGUUUUAAAAUUGUUAUAUCUAUUCAUUCAAAAUAAGACGCUUUAAUUUAUUUGAAUAUAGAGAUUGGAGGUUUUAGCACACAACCAAAAGCAUUUCUAACCCAUUAAAGGAAGUAGUUUCUCCUGUGUUUCCAACCAUUUUUUUAUUCUCUUUAUAUGAUGAUAUCACCAUUCUUAACCAAACCAGAAUCAUAUAGUUUGGUCUUUUAUAUUUUAAUUACGUAUAACAAAUUAGAAGCAA